AUGCGAAAGAUCUGUUUCAUCAUUAUUGUUCUCGUACAUUGCUCAGCAGAAACUCAAACACUUGAUCCAGAAGCAAUAGUCAAUGUUCGAAUUGAAGGGGACGAAAAUACUAUUUUCGAAGCAUUCAUCUUAUCGAAGGUAAAGACAAUCACGACAUCAUCCGGUGGAACUCAUAGAUGCGAUGGAACCAACAACAAUGCGAGUGCAAUACCUGUUCCCACUAUGACAAGUAGUUUAGACAUAGCUGUGAGUCAAGAAGGUUUUACAUGGGAUGGGACAUAUUCUACACUUUAUGACGACUAUACAAUCGUACGUAUUGGAAAUACUUCUCGAACUAGUUCGAAAUUUUGGAGCACACUUGUCGAUUACGAAUUUACACAAGUUGGAGGUUGUCAACAAAAAGUGAAACAUGGUCAACAUCUUCUUUUUGCUUUCGAUGGUUUCAAUAAAGCACAUUUUCUCAAACUGGAAACGUUGAAUAGUAUCGUUCAAAUUGGAGAUUCUCUUACAGUGUUAGUUACCGAUGGACGAACUGGAGAACCAAUUCAUAGUGCAACUGUGGGCGGAAUGCUAACGAACGCUACGGGACACGCGCAAGUUACAUUUAAAAACUUAGGAGCACAGAGACUCAAAGCUGAACGUUCGGAUUCGAUCCGUUCUAACACGCUUGUGAUCAUGGUUACUGCGCGUAAAUAG